UCCAAGCUACAGCAGGUUGCAGAUGAUGGACAAGAGGAUGAGAGGCAUCCGUCAAUGAGCCCAGACAUUUCGAUGCAACGACUCACGGCCUGGUAGCGUGUUUGAGCGGGAGAAGGCGGAGACGGAGACAUGCAGACCUCUCCCAUCAGUCAUGCAACAGCCAGUGACGAGAUACAGGACUCAAUUGGCCUCUGGCUUCGGUCAAUCUUCGUCUGGGCAUGCUCCUCUACCAAUGUACGAGGAAGAGCAGCAUCAAUGGUAGCAGAUGCAUGAGACGGGAUCAUGCUUCAGGAUUUGGCCUAUGCUGCGUAUACGUGCAGUGCCCCUUGCUAUUCAGACAUGCUAUGCCUAGCCGUCAGGGCAUCAAGAGGACAUCUGCUAGCACCCUAUGACCGAUGCCACAGCAUUCUGGCCUUAUCGCCCUGUCAGGAAGAGCAAACGGCCCGCAAUCGGGUCGAUGGAGCCAAGGAGGCGGGCGACUCCGCGCGACAAGAUGUCAUACAACCACAACAAGGGACUCCUUCCUCUGCCUCUUCCCACCACAAGUCAAGGCGCAUAUCCACACAGCAUCUAUUCAUUCUAUCAGCGCGCGCAUUCAUCAACAGAAGCGCCCAUGACGCGACCAGCACACCUGCGACACGGGCGCACAUUCAGCGACUGGGAAGUCAUCACCCACAACAGCGCAGAUCCACUCCUCGAUCUAUCUAGCGCACAAUCACUCAUUACCGUGCGCGAGAUUACGCACACUGCUAGCGCUGUUGAUCAUCGCGACGCAUUCACGGUUGUUGAGCGCGUCAAACCAUUGUAUGCAGCUGUUGCUGUGAUGCAUAGUGAAAGCAUUCUAGGACAAAGCGCGCGCUCUUCAGCGCCAUCUCCGUCGCCAGCACCAUCGCCCGUUCUAGCUGCAACCCAUACAUCCGAUAUGCCGCGGUUUGGCGGUUCUCCCAUGUUGCGCGUUGCGUCUGCUUUAUCGCUUCGACACGGUGGUCCUUCUGUGGAUCCAAAGGCAUCGCAUGUGGUUGCCAAUGGCGCGUACUUGGACAUCCGGCUGAAGAAGAGCGGCAAGCACUAUGUGGCCAUGCGAUGAAUUGGGGAAUAUGCUUUGUCAGCGCUGCGAAUGUACUUAAUUGAUGAAGUGAACUGUAUACUUUAGCCUCUCUUAUGGCCUCUAUAGUCUGAACUUGGGCCCUUCUUCUCUGACCACUGCUGC